UGCGCCUUUCCGCCACCCGCCCACCGCGUACGGCGUGUCUCGGCUCGCGCUGCCGCCGCCAACACGGCCGCCGCUGCUGCGGGAACAAAGGAGCGAGGCAGCGGCGGCGGCGCGUUCAGCACCGCGCCUCGCGCACCCUCACUCUCCGCUCGCCCAGCAGCCCCCCUGAGCCGCCCGCGGCGCCUUCUCCGACACCCGCCGCGGGGUUUCUGACCCCCGCCGGGGCCAGCAUCGAGAUGACUCAGGAGACAAACCAGACCCCAGGGCCCAUGCUGUGUAGUACAGGAUGUGGAUUUUAUGGAAAUCCUAGAACAAAUGGGAUGUGUUCCGUUUGUUACAAAGAACAUCUUCAGCGACAGCAGAAUAGUGGUAGAAUCAGCCCAAUGGGAACAAACAGUGGUUCAAACAGUCCUACCUCAGACUCUGCAUCUGUACAGAGAGCAGACACUAGCUUAAACAACUGUGAAGGUGCUGCUGGCAGCACAUCUGAAAAAUCAAGAAAUGUGCCUGUUGCCUCUUUGCCUGUAACACAGCAAAUGACAGAAAUGAGCAUUUCAAGAGAAGAAAAAGUAACACCGAAAACAGAGACUGAGCCAGUUGUUACUCAACCAAGUCCAUCGGUUUCUCAGCCUGGUACUUCACAGAGUGAAGAGAGAGCUCCUGAACUGCCCAAACCAAAGAAGAACAGAUGUUUCAUGUGCAGAAAGAAGGUUGGCCUUACAGGAUUUGACUGUCGAUGUGGAAACUUAUUUUGUGGACUUCACCGUUAUUCUGACAAGCAUAAUUGUCCAUAUGAUUACAAAGCAGAAGCUGCAGCAAAAAUCAGAAAAGAGAAUCCAGUUGUGGUGGCUGAAAAAAUCCAGAGAAUAUAAAUUAACCUGCUCAUGAAAAGACUGACUGACUGACUUUUGUCUUGAAUAUAUCGCAGGAAAACACAAAAGAGCAGGUGCAUGGCCAUUUUCCUUUGUUCCUCAAGUUUUACUUUUAGUCCUGUCCAUUCUAAUGAAAUUUCAGAAUGUUUGGGUGUUUGUUACCGGCAAAAUUGGAUAGAUACAGCCCUUGAAAAUACGUAUGCCCUCCCCAGAAUAUAAUUGGAAGAUUGGAAAUGUGCACAAGAAUACACAUGUACAAAGGACAAACUCUGAUUUCAUGUGUGCCAAACAGAUGUAUGCUAUCUGCAUGUUUGCAGCAGAUCUGCCUUUUAAGAUGUUUGAGAUAUAUAAUCUUCGGCUAGUGUUACAUGCCUGUUUUGGAGAAUGAUACAUCACAAAGGUUGGCAGUCUAUUUCUAUAAUUUAAGAUCUCAUUCUCAUGUUUGUUUCCAUGCUCCGUUGUUUUCCGCCACAAUGUAAGCUAUGUAGAGAAGCCCGUCACUGUCAUGUUUAGGAGAGUAACUCAGCAAUUGCACUGAGAAAUUGAAAAAAUUAGGUAUGUCAGAAGAAAGCUGUUUUGGAAAAGCUCACAUUAACUUCUAGAAUUGUAAAAAUAGGUUCCCAAAGGAAAUGUCCUGAUAGGAAUUUAACUGGCCUGCAACAGUGUCACAUGCUUUUCCUUGCAUAGCUAAAAAUGUUCUGGUGCACAAUAUUGUAAGAUUGGGUUACUAAAAAAAAUAUAUAUUUUUAGACAUACCACAGCAACUCUAACAAGCAACAUGUGUCUGAUCAAGUUGUUGAAAUACUAGAGCAGCUUAUAAUUUAUGUACUUACAUUGUGUUCUGAGUUCAAAAAAAUAUUAGGAGUUCAUUUUUUUUUCUAGUUUUAAAUGUAACAGUUGCACCAUUCUGCAUGAGAAACCAUACCCAACAUGGCUGCUGUAGACUUAAGUGGUAGCUGGAAACAUUCUUGGAGGGCUGCUUUAUCAUUUUUAACUGUACUUGGGUGUAGGACUGUGGCGUUCUUGGGUGUUUUGCAUGGGCUGCAUAAUCUACAGCAUUGUACAAUAACAACUCUAGAAAAGGCAGUAUACUUCACUGAUGCUUGUCUGGUAAUAUCACUUCUGUGUUAUAAUGGAAGGGAGUUUUGUGAUGUAUGAGACUUGUGUUUUUUUAUAUAAACAAGUACAGUUUAGACUAGUGUUGUGUUGUGCCUGUUCUCAUCUGUAAAUAGUUAUGUACGUACACAAGGCGCUACUUCUGAACUUCUGUUUUUCAUGGCAGUGUUCAGUCUUAGUUUUGAUUUCACUAUAAAAGCAUCAGGUUUUUGCUUCUAACUUUAUUCUUCUGAGUUAUUAGAAAAGACAUGUACAGAUAGUUCAUAUUUAUGUAUUGCACAUAAUCAUGCUAUCCAGCAUCUAUGCUAUAUUGUAUUAUGUAAAUAAUAAAAAUCAUGUACAGGAGGAAAUGCUUCCUUUUGCAAUAGUUCAUUUGGUUUAGUUGCUGCUGUAAUCAGAAAGUGACCUUGUAGGAGUUAAGGUGCAAGCUUAGUACUAAGUUCCUACAGAUACUAUCUUUAUGAUCUUUAUGCUUAGAGCCUCCUUGUUUCUGUAUCUGGAUGUAACCACUCAUUGUAACAAUUUGCACAAGCAUCUGGAGUACAGGUAACUAUAUGCUGGCCCAACAAAAAUGCUAGCAGACAGCAUGCUUGAAGGGAGUAAAAGGAAAGCAGUAGCAACUUUCUUUUGCUUCUAUAUACCUGUAAUAAAAGAGGAUGGGGAUACUCUGGGACUUAAUUUUCCAGGAUGAAUUUUGUGAUUCAAUAUUGUAACAGCUUGAAAGCACCACUAUUAGCACUUUUUUCUUAGCUUUUGU